AUGGCCAACGUUGGGUUCGAAGACUUAUCCGGAACAGCCACUACGGCGAGUCCCAAUCCUUACGACGCAUUGAUCAAUGCUUGCCAUGGUGAUCCAAAACUCAUUCAAGGGCGAUACUCUGCUCACCGAGAGACCAGAAAUGCCCAACAGAGAGAGAAGAUCCUCGCGGACAACUUCCAGGGCUGGAUCCUUGACGAGUAUUUGGUUAAACUGGAAGGGCCACGGAAGGACGCGACGUUCUCAGAUCCCCGUCAUUGUCUUGUCUUCUGGGGCAGGCCUCCUCAGAAAGUCAAGAACCUGAUCAAAGUCAUCCAGUCGAAGCUUCUGGAUGCCGCACCUGAUCUCUGGGUGAUGCCACCGGACAACUUGCACAUGACAGUGAUGGAAGUGGCUCAUUCCAAGACGGAAAGUGAGAUCACAGCCCUGGUCGAUAUGGUCAAGACACAUUAUAAAGACAUUGCCGACUACACCAUGUCACACCGCGCAAGAUUGGUCAAGCCAAUGUUGAGUUACGAUACUGCUGCCCUUGCGCUGAGCUUCGUACCUGCCGCGGGGGAGUCGCCGCCAUACCAUCGCACACCAAAGGACGACGAGUACACUUACCACCAUCUUAGACGAGACACGCAUGCUGCUCUCACAGAAGCCGGAAUUCAGGUCGGCUCCAGAUAUGUGGUUCCCUCAGCCCAUUUGACCAUUGCGAGAUUCAACUCUCCCAACGUCUUCGGUGGAGAUCCAUUCGACGCCAGUGCUACCCUAGAAAUAAAAAAACGUAAGCAUUGGAUCAACGAGCUCGAACUGAUCAACAAGUGGCUGGAGGUCGAAUACUGGCCCACCGAAGGGCAACAACUGAUCAAGCCCGGCGGCGAGUGGGUGGUGGGUGAAGAGAAGGGUCUCGACUUCCGCAAGGGCACCCUGUGGUAUGGCGGCGGCGAAACUGUUUAUAUCGGGGAGGGUUUCGUCCACGAGGAGGUUGUCGCCAAUUGA